GUAAUUCACGAGGUGUCCGAAUAGUCUCGUGGAGAUCCGACGUUGUGUCGUCGUCGUCGUUGCUACUGCUACUGUUUCUUGAUCCUCUUAUUACUGGUGAAAAUGGCGUCCUUGGUGGCGAGUGGUGUUCGUCUGUUGGCCAGGAGAAAUACCGGUCUCAGGAAGUCGUUCGAUCGGCUACGGUAUGCUCGUGUCACGCUCGCCACACGGCCAGGAUGCGGCGAGGAGCGGAUGCUGCACUGCGCCGCGCGAAUCGCAAAAGUGCCGCAGGUAAAAUACAAUCGUGGAUAUUGCACUAGUACAAAACCAAAGUCGAUUAAGGACAUUCAAGAACGCAUAUUGAAAGUUGUGGGCGCUUAUAAUGAAGGCUUAAGGGAUACACGCAUCAAGCAGGUGCGCCACUACAGUCACACGCCUCCGCUAUCCCUUGACAUUAUCGGUCAACGAGUACUCUUGAAUUUAAAACUUUUUGAUAAAGUUGAUGUUUCAAAGUUGACCUUGGAGUCGCAUUUCAUGAAUGACCUGGGUCUCGACUCUUUGGACCAUGUGGAGAUCAUCAUGGCAAUAGAAGACGAAUUUGGCUUCGAGAUUCCAGAUAUGGAUGCAGAGAGAUUAUUAAGACCUUCAGACAUAGUGCGUUAUAUAGCCGACAAAGAAGACGUGUUCGAUUAAUGCGCUUUAUAUUAUUUAUAUGUACACGUUUAGUCAACAUCCGCCGUUGCUCCACCAGGGAAUAACGAGUCACAGCGUCUUACUUCGCUGCCAUUGUUUUUUCUGUAUAUAGACCGAUCAUCAUUAUGUGAAUAAAGUAAGCGAAUUGUUAGAUUGAA